AUGAAAGAUCUAACGGAAUGUCUCGUUCGAGAACAUCAAAAACUGAUUCAAUCUGGUAAAGAAAAAUUAAUUGUCUAUCGAGGAAUGAAGUUGUCACGAGAUCAAAUCGAAAAAUUGAAAGAAAGCGAAGGUCAAUUGUUUUCAAUCAAUGGUAUUUUCACAACAAGUAGUCUUCAUUCAACUGCAUUAAAUCAAAUGAUGAGACAUUCGAAACAAACUAAUCUUUGUUCUGUUCUCUUAGAAAUUCAAUGCGAUAUGAAACAUCUGAGCAACAAUGUCAUUAUUGCUGAUCUAUGUGAAGAAGAACAAGAAACUCUGUUCAAUUCAAAUGUCACUUUUCGAUUGGAGACUAUGAGAAUGGAGGAAGAAGUUUGCUUGAUUCAAAUGACUGUUUCGAAUGAAGGUCAAAUUAUUAAAGAAAAAUACAUUAAAGACUCUCGUCGUCAAAUAAAAGAUCUCAGUGUUAACAUUCUCUUUGGACGAUUGAUGUGUGAUAUGGGUCUAUGGAAUCAAUCACAACGUUUCUUAGAACGUUUAUUGAACAGCUCGAAUAGCAAUAAUGAAGAUCUGGCAAAGAUUGAAUAUAGUCUUGGUAAUGUGCAUCAAUGGAAAGGAGAAUGGAAAGAAGCACGAAAAUAUUAUGAUUGGGCUCAUGAUAGAAUAAAAAGUAUCAAACCACUACGGAUCCAAGAUUCCGUUUAUGUACUCUUUAAUAUUGGUGAGAUUCUCUAUCUAGAAGGAAAGCAUGGUGAAGCUCGUGAUUAUUAUGGAAGAGCAUUGGGUAUUCUAAAAACAAAUUAUUCUUCUAUCACGGUCGAUACACCUUCCUCAUUAAAUCAUCAACUCAUCAGUGUACUGAGCCGUGUUCUCUCAUCGUUCUUGUCGAUUUUAUCGAGUUUGGGUGGAUUCUUUCGAUCUUGCUUCAGAUGGUUUUGCGCUGGAAAAAUUCUCGGAAUUAUUUAUUGGUUUCGUCCGAAAUAUGCAGCAAACCGAAUCGAACUUGUUGACAAACAGUCAAGCCAAACUCAGCUACAAGAAAUAUGUCGAAACGUACGAGAAAUAGACUGGUUACAAACGAGAGAAGUUAACUCAGAUGAUCAUUUGCUUAUUGCUACUAUUCUCCGCAAUUUUGGCCAGAUUUUUGACCGACAAGAAAGACAUGAACAAGCACUUUGCUUUCAUCAACAAGCACUGACAAUGCUUGAGGAAUAUUAUCGAUUUCCUCAUAUCGAUAUCGCUACUAGUCUUUACUAUGCUGGUGCAAGUUUUAAAUGUCAAAAAAAGUAUGAUCAAGCGCUUGAUUUCUGUCAACGAGCAAUGUCAAUCUAUAGUAGAUAUUAUCCAAAUGGUCAUGUAUACAUUGCUUGGACCCUCAGUGACAUCGGUCACAUUUUAUACCUCCAAGGUAAGCAUGAUGAAUCUCUAAAGAUUUUUGAACAAGUAUUACCAAUGCUACAAAAAUAUUAUCCAUCGGGUCAUAUCAAUACAGUUGGUAGUCUUUGCGGAAUAGGAAAUGUUCACUAUGGACAAGGAAAAUAUGAUAAAGCUCUAAUAUGUCAUGAACAAGUGCUGGAAAUUUUACACAAAUAUCAUUUUUCGGGGCAUGACGACAUUAUUUGUACUCUAAACAAUAUUGGUUAUAUAGAAAGGAAGCAAGGAAACUAUGAUGAAGCUCUCAAUUUUCACCGACGAGCAUUGGAAAUGCAGGAGAAAUAUUAUCCAUCUUAUUAUGCUAGCAUUGCUACCACUCUCAACUACAUAUGUAAUGUGCUACUUUGCCAAUUAAAAUAUGAUGACGCUCUAGGCUAUUGUCAACGAGCGUUAACGAUGCAAGACAGCUAUUAUUCUUCGGGUCAUGUUUCUAUGGCUUCGAGUCUCGGUAACAUUGGCAACAUUCUAUAUGAACAAGAAAAAUAUAAUGACGCUCUGGAUUUUCAUCAACGAGCACUCACCACUAUCGAACAACACACACCAUCUGAUUAUUCUUCUAUUGCUUUUUACAUGAACAACAUCGGAAUUAUAUUAUGCAAGCAAGAAAAACAUGAUCAAGCUCUUGACUAUCAUCGACGAGCACUCGACAUACAAGAAAAAUAUUGUCCAUCGUACCAAGGUGAUAUUGCUAAUAAUUUCAAUUACAUUGGUAAUGUUCUCUUUGCACAGGAGAAAUACGUUGAAGCUUUGAAGUCAUAUCAACGUGCACUUGAAAUACAAAAGAACUAUUAUCGAAAUGAUCAUAUGAACAUGACGAUAAUCCUAAAUAAUAUUGGCAAAACAUUUCAAAAACAAAAAAAAGUCGAUGAAUCAAUUGAAUACUAUGAAAAGGCAUUAGAAAUUCAAAAGAAAUAUUAUCCAUCAGGUAGUAUCACCAUAGCUAAUACCAUCAAUCGUAUCGGUCAUUUUCUGUACAAUGAACAGAAAUAUGAUGCAGCAAUUUACUAUUAUCGACGUGCACUUUCGAUGCAAGAAAAUCUCUAUCUUGAUGAUUACAUUGAAAUUUCUCAUACUCUCAGCUUCAUUGGUAACACUCUAUAUGAACAAAAAAAGUACGAUGAAGCUCUUCAAGUUCAUCACAAAGCAUUGGCUAUUCAACAAAAACAUCAUGAAUUUCCAUAUGUCGACAUUGCGAAUACUCUGAGUCGUAUUGGCGAUAUUCUAGAUUGGCAAAAGAAAUAUGAUGAAGCUAUUGAAUUCUAUCAACAAGCAUUAACAGUUCGAGAGAAAUUCGAUACAACUAAUCAUGUUGGUAUUGCUAAUUGUAUAAAAAAUAUUGCAAACAUCCUAACCGAUCAAGGAAAGUACGAAGAAGCAAUUGAGUUCCAACAAAGAGCAUUGACAAUUCAAGAAGAAAAAUAUUCGUCUUGUCAUGAGGAAAUUGCAACAAGUCUGAUGCAUAUUGGUGACAUUCAUUUUGAUCAAAGAAAAUACAAUUUAGCUGUCGACUAUUAUAGACGAGCUUUAGUCAUUCUUGAAAAGUGUUAUCCAUCGGGUCAUGUUGAUAUUGGUAAGUGUCAGGCAUGUCUUGGUAUCACGCUAUAUAAGCAAGCAAAAUAUGAUGAAGCUUUCGACUUCUGUCAACGAGCUAUAACAAUCUAUGAGCAAUAUUAUCCAUCUGGUCAUGUAAACCUUGCAAAUUGUCAAGGCUUCAUUGGUAAUAUAUUGAGCGAUCAAGGAAAAUAUGAUGAAGCUCUUGAUUUUUAUCACCAAGCACUGACAUUUUACAAGAAUGAUCCAUUGAAUCAUUCGAAUACGGUUACUUGUCUGAACAAUAUAGCUAGGACAUUAAAAGAUCAAGGACAAUAUGAUGAGGCUGUCGAUUUUCAACAGCAAGCAUUGACAAUGCUUAAAAGUAACACACCUAAUGAUCAAUUCAAAAUCGCUAUCAAUCUCAAAGAAAUCGCUGUUACACUAUUUCAGCAAACAAAAUAUGAUGAAUCUCUCGACUUUUGUCAACAAGCAUUAAUCAUACUAGAAGAAUAUUGUCCCAAUG